AUGGCAAAUUUUCAUCAACCACCUAUUGAACCUAUUUCGGCAUAUAUUGUAAAUUUGUUUCAUGGUUAUAAACCACCAAGAAACGAUACUACUGGUCUUUAUGUUUGUUUAAAUUGUGAUCAUUAUAUUCCUAGUGCGAACAAAACAGAUUGGCUUCAACAUACUCAUGAUGUUCAUAAAGGUGAAUUUGAUAAAUUAGAAGAAAUUUAG